GGCGCAGUCACGUACAAGUUGUCCAAGUGUCUGUCUGUUUUGAUCAUCUAGCGCUGCAUGCUCGGGUUCGAAGUAACAGGACUAGGACUCAGGAGACGACUGUUACGGAGCCAUUCAUCGUUUGUUUCCUCUUUUUCCCCUGAUUCCAAGCACACAUGAGACACUGCUAAGUCCGCUGUGACAUUCAACUAGACAUCAUGAGUUGCCCAUUUAUGCAAGGUCAAAGGGCUGCUGCCAAGACCAAUGGUGAGGCUGAGGAUGACGACCCGGCUAUGCAUUACCACAAGUACCUUAAUUUAGAGAAGGUACUGGAUGCACAGCAUCUUCAGUCUGAGAAGGAGGGCAGUAAAGUGCAUGAUGAGCAUCUGUUUAUCGUGGUUCACCAGGUGUAUGAGUUAUGGUUCAAGCAAAUGCUGUACGAAAUCGACUCGGUCCGCAGCCUCCUAAGCCAAGUCCCUUUUGAUGAAAGGAAACAACUAGUGAUCAACCAGCGAAUGGGACGCGUCGUUGGGAUCGCAAAAAUUCAAGUGGAGCAGAUUCACAUCUUGGAGACGAUGACCCCAAUGGACUUCUUGGAGUUCCGUACGUUCCUUGCUCCAGCCUCUGGCUUUGAAAGUCAACAGUUUAGGAUCUUAGAGAACAGGCUCGGUUUGAAACCAGAAUGGAGAGUGAAGUAUGCCCAGAAGAACUACAAGCAUGCACAUCAGGGAGAACAACUGGAGGGAAUCUUACAAGCAGAGGAGGAACCAUCAUUGCUCUCAAUUGUAGAGAAAUGGCUGGAGAGGACACCAGGUUUGGAUAAAGAUUGCUUUAACUUCUGGAGGAAGUUUCAGGAUGCGGCACAGUCUAUGAUUGAUGAUAUCCGUCAAAGUGCAGAGGAGUCAGAGUCUGAUGAGGAGAAGGCGGCCAUAAUGCAGGAAUAUGAGUUAACUCAACAGACAUUCCAGACAAUAUUUGAUGUCGACACUCAUAACAUGCUUGUUAGCAGAGGGGACAGGAGGUUCUCCCACAAAGCCCUACAGGGGGCGCUGUUUAUCUCGUUGUACCGUGAUCAGUCUCGGUUCAGUCAGCCGUUCCAGUUUCUCACCCUUCUAAUGGAUCUGGACUCGCUUAUUAUGAAAUGGAGAUUGAACCACGUGCAACUGGUGCAGCGGAUGAUUGGCUCCAGGCCGGGUACCGGUGGCUCGUCUGGUUACAUGUACCUAAAAGCUACAUCAAGCGAUCGCUAUAAGGUGUUUGUGGACCUCUUCAACCUGUCCACGUUUCUGCUACCUCGGAAGUACAUUCCGGCCCUGAGCAACGACAUGAAGCGGAAACUCUCUAUUCCAUUCGGCAAGGCCUACGUGAAUAGCGGAAAUAUUCAAGGUCAAAUUCCAGAUGUUGUUCACGAGGGGGUUGACAGGACAGAUGAAGUUCUAGAAACUUUGUCGCGAACAAAAUUGACUGACUCCCCUGAAGUGUGAGAAAAGUUAAGGCUACCUUUUAGGCCAAGUAAAACAAAAACAUGUUUCGCAUCCCCACCCGCUUCCUUUUAGAGGUUGCCUCCUUUUUUUUCUUUUCUAUUGUCCCCCUUUCUUUUUUAAAGAAAAAAAAAAGGAUUAAUUUUAACAAUCUCAGA